AGUUCAUAUGUUUAACUCAUCGCUUCAACAGCAUUGAGUGUUUCCACCAGUGAAGGUCAUUCAUUUGCACAGGCUUACUUCACGUCCAGUUGCAAAGCCUGUAUCGGGGCUCCUCGAAAGCAUCAUGUCCCCAAGAAGGUUUUUUGUCGGUGGGAACUGGAAGAUGAAUGGUGACAAAAAGAGCUUAGGCGAUCUUAUCAACACUCUGAAUACUGCCCAGCUCAAUCCCGACACCGAGGUGGUCUGUGGUGCCCCUGCUAUCUACCUUGACUUUGCCCGGUCGAAUCUGAGCUCUACGAUUGGGGUGGCUGCACAGAACUGCUACAAGGUUUCGAAGGGCGCCUUCACUGGGGAGAUCAGCCCUGCAAUGAUAAAAGACUGUGGGGUGGAGUGGGUGAUUCUGGGACACUCGGAGAGGCGACAUGUUUUUGGGGAGAGCGAUGAGCUGAUUGGUCAGAAGGUGGCUCACGCACUAGAGAGUGGCCUGGGUGUCAUCGCCUGCAUCGGUGAGAAGCUGGAUGAGAGAGAGGCUGGGAUCACCGAGAAGGUCGUGUUUGAACAGACCCAGGCCAUUGCAGACAACGUGAAAGACUGGAGCCAAGUUGUUCUGGCCUAUGAGCCAGUCUGGGCUAUUGGUACUGGCAAGACUGCCUCACCACAACAGGCCCAGGAGGUUCAUGAAAAACUGCGGCAUUGGCUGAAGGCCAACGUGUCAGAGGAAGUGGCCGCCUCUGUCAGAAUCAUCUACGGAGGUUCAGUGACUGGUGCCAACUGCAAGGAGUUGGGCUCCCAGCAUGAUGUGGAUGGUUUCCUGGUGGGCGGAGCCUCCCUGAAGCCGGAGUUUGUCAACAUAAUCAAUGCGCGUGCAUAAAACGCAGGAGAGAACACUUACGGCAGCCAUUUCUGUCAAAUGACCAAGUACAGCCCUGCACAUCGCUAGUCAUUCCAACCCCCCCCCCCCCCCCCCCCCAUUUGACCAGGGAUUAUAUGUGAUGUCACUUCCUUUAAUAUUUCCAUUCUAAAUGACAGGUAUCUCACACUGUACUGCACCUUACUGUAGGUAUACUGAACACCAUGAGUGUAUAAUUUUCACACCCUAAUCUGUUAUAAAACAAGAAUUGCACUUGAUAAAACAACACUGAGCAUUUAAAAUGUGCACACUUAUGUUUUAAGUUUACCAGUUUUGUGUGUUGUCACUUACUGUUGAAUAUCCUUAAGUGGCUUUUGUGUGUAACUAUAGUGCUGAUGCUUAAGGCAUAAAGAGGAUUCCUUACAGCUUAUCAAUCAUGCCCCAGACUGUACCUCUUAAUAGAAAAUAAAGGACUAAGUAACAAAUUGA